GUACCUGACUUCUGGGCUCCUGCUUGCGCUGCCAGCUGUUGUGACAGACGGGACCUUUCCCACCAGUGGGGCCUGCCGUCUCUGGCUGUGGGGCCCCCAUCUCUGGCACCCCCUCCCUGAGGACUGCAGUUGGGCACACAGAAUUCAGGCGAGCGGCUGGGACAGUGCUGGCCUGAGCUGGACCUUGUCUGAUGGCUUCCUCCAACCCUCCACAGCCUGCUGUAGGAGAUCAGCUGGUUCCCAGAGCCCCAGGCCCCUCCCCCGAGGCAGAUGACGACCCAGGAGAGGCCUUUGAGUUUGACGACAGUGAUGAUGAAGAGGACACCAGCACAGGCCUGGGCGGUCCCAGUCUUGCUCCUGAGGGGGACACAGACCCCCCGCUGAUCCACUUUGACUCCGCCCUUGCCACGGACCCAGACCCAGCUGCCGCACCGCCCCAGACAGAGGUGCCGGCCGUGGUGAGCAAUGGGGAUGCCGUGGAUGCAGCUUUCCCAGGGGUCCGGCGCUCUAGCUGGAAGAGGAAGAGCUCCCGUCGCAUCGACCGGUUCACUUUCCCGGCCCUGGAAGAAGAUGUGAUCUAUGACGACGUCCCCUGCGAGAGCCCGGAUGCCCAUCAGCCUGGAGUGGAGAGAAGCCUGCUGUACGAGGAUGUGCACCGGGACGGCGUGCCUCGGGAGGCGGAGGACCUAGGCUGGAGCUCCAGCGAGUUCGAGAGCUACAGCGAGGACUCCGGAGAGGAGGCCAAGCCGGAGGCAGAGCCUGCCAAGCACCGAGUGUCCUUCCAGCCCAAGCUUUCUCCAGACCUGACUAGGCUAAAGGAGAGAUACGCCAGAACUAAGCGAGACAUCUUGGCUUUAAGAGUUGGGGGGAAAGACAUGCAGGAGCUGAAGCACAAGUACGAUUGUAAGAUGACCCAGUUCAUGAAGGCCGCCAAGAGCGGGACCAAGGACGGCCUGGAGAAGACGAGGAUUGCCGUCCUGCGCAAGGUCUCCUUCCUGCACAGGAAAGACGUCCUCGGUGACUCAGAGGAAGAGGACAUGGGGCUCCUGGAGGUCAGCGUUACAGAUAUCAAGCCCCCAGCCCCCGAGCUGGGCCCCAUGCCCGACGGCCUGAGCCCUCAGCAGGUGGUCCGGAGGCACAUCCUGGGCUCCAUCGUACAGAGUGAAGGCAGCUACGUGGAGUCUCUGAAGCGGAUCCUCCAGGAUUACCGCAACCCCCUGAUGGAGAUGGAGCCCAAGGCGCUGAGCGCCCGCAAGUGCCAGGUGGUGUUCUUCCGCGUGAAGGAGAUCCUGCACUGCCACUCCAUGUUCCAGAUCGCCCUGUCUUCCCGCGUGGCCGAGUGGGACUCCACCGAGAAGAUCGGGGACCUCUUCGUGGCCUCGUUCUCCAAGUCCAUGGUGCUAGACGUGUACAGCGACUAUGUCAACAACUUCACCAGCGCCAUGUCCAUCAUCAAGAAGGCCUGUCUCACCAAGCCCGCCUUCCUCGAAUUCCUCAAGCGGCGGCAGGUGUGCAGCCCAGACCGCGUCACCCUCUACGGGCUGAUGGUGAAGCCCAUCCAGAGGUUCCCGCAGUUCAUCCUCCUGCUUCAGGACAUGCUGAAGAAUACUCCCAGGGGCCACCCUGACAGGCUGUCGCUGCAGCUGGCCCUCACCGAGCUGGAGACGCUGGCUGAGAAGCUCAACGAGCAGAAGCGGCUGGCUGACCAGGUGGCAGAGAUCCAGCAGCUGACCAAGAGCGUCAGUGACCGCAGCAGCCUCAACAAGCUGUUGACCUCAGGCCAGCGGCAGCUGCUUCUGUGUGAGACGUUGACAGAGACCGUGUAUGGUGACCGUGGGCAGCUGAUCAAGUCCAAGGAGCGCCGGGUCUUCCUGCUCAAUGACAUGCUGGUCUGUGCCAACAUCAACUUCAAGCCUGCCAACCACAGGGGCCAGCUGGAGAUCAGCAGCCUGGUGCCCCUGGGGCCCAAGUACGUGGUGAAGUGGAACACGGCGCUGCCCCAGGUGCAGGUGGUGGAGGUGGGCCAGGAGGGCGGGGCCUACGACAAGGACAACGUGCUCAUCCAGCACGCCGGCGCCAAGAAGGCCUCCGCGGCAGGGCAGGCCCAGAAUAAGGUGUACCUCGGCCCCCCACGCCUGUUCCAGGAGCUGCAGGACCUGCAGAAGGACCUGGCCGUGGUGGAGCAGAUUACGCUCCUCAUCAGCACACUGCAUGGCACCUACCAGAACCUGAACAUGACCGUGGCUCAGGACUGGUGCCUGGCCCUGCAGAGGCUGAUGCGGGUGAAGGAGGAGGAAAUCCACUCGGCCAACAAGUGUCGCCUCCGGCUCCUACUUCCUGGGAAACCCGACAAGUCUGGCCGCCCCAUCAGCUUCAUGGUGGUCUUCAUCACCCCCAAUCCCCUGAGCAAGAUUUCCUGGGUCAACAGGUUACAUUUGGCCAAAAUCGGACUCCGCGAGGAGAACCAGCCAGGCUGGCUGUGUCCGGAUGAGGAUAAGAAGAGCAGAGCCCCGUUCUGGUGCCCGAUCCUCGCCUGCUGCGUCCCUGCCUUCUCUUCCCGGGCCCUCAGCCUGCAGCUUGGCGCCCUGGUCCACAGUCCUGUCAGCUGCCCCCUGCUGGGCUUCUCAGCAGUCAGUACCUCUCUUCCACAGGGCUACCUCUGGGUCGGGGGCGGGCAGGAGGGUGCAGGGGGCCAGGUGGAGAUCUUCUCCCUGAACCGGCCCUCACCCCGCACUGUGAAGUCCUUCCCGCUGGCAGCCCCUGUGCUCUGCAUGGAGUACAUCCCGGAGCCUGAGGAGGAGGCAGAGAGUGGCGACGAGAGCCGGACGGCUGCUGACCCCUCGGCUGCGGUGCAUCCAACCAUCUGCCUCGGGCUGCAGGAUGGCAGCAUCCUGUUCUACGGCAGCGUGGACACCGGCACCCAGUGCCUGGCGACCUGCAGGAGCCCAGGCCUGCAGCCCGUGCUCUGCCUGCGGCACAGCCCCUUCCACCUGUUUGCCGGCCUGCAGGACGGGACGCUCGCCGCCUACCCUCGGAGCAGCGGAGGAGUCCCGUGGGACCUGGAGCGCCCUCCCGUGUGCCUGACCGUGGGGCCGGGGCCUGUCCGCACCCUGCUCAGCCUGGAGGACGCCGUGUGGGCCAGCUGUGGGUCUCGGGUCACCGUCCUGGAUGCCACCACCGUGCAGAUUCAGCAAAGCUUCGAGGCGCACCAGGAUGAGGCGGUGAGCGUGACGCACAUGGUGAAGGCAGGCAGCGGUGUGUGGAUGGCCUUCUCCUCCGGCUCCUCCAUCCGCCUCUUCCACACGGAGACCCUGGAGCAUCUGCAGGAGAUCAACAUUGCCACCAGGACCACCUUCCUCCUGCCAGGCCAGAAGCACUUGUGUGUCACCAGUCUCCUGAUCUGCCAGGGUCUGCUCUGGGUGGGCACCGACCAGGGGGUCAUCGUCCUGCUGCCCGUGCCCCGGCUGGAAGGCAUCCCCAAGAUCACAGGGAAAGGCAUGGUGUCACUCAAUGGCCACUGCGGUCCUGUGGCCUUCCUGGCGGUGGCUACCAGCAUCUUGGCCCCCGACAUCCUGCGGAGCGACCAGGAAGAGGCUGAGGGCCCGCGGGCCGAGGAGGACAAGCCAGAUGGGCCGGCUCAUGAGCCAGUGCCGGCACCCGACAGCCAAACAGGCCGAGAGCUGACCCGCAAGAAGGGCAUCCUCCUGCAGUACCGCCUGCGCUCCACCGCCCACCUGCCCGGCCCGCUGCUCUCCGUGCGGGAGCCCGCGCCCAGCGACAGCUCAGCCCUGGAGCACAGCGAGGAGGACGGCUCCAUCUACGAGAUGGCCGACGACCCCGACGUCUGGGUGCGCAGCCGGCCCUGCGCCCGCGACGCCCACCGCAAGGAAAUCUGCUCCAUGGCCAUCAUCUCUGGCGGGCAGGGCUACCGCAACUUUGGCAACGCCCUGGGCGGGGGCGGGAGGCCAGCCCCAUGUGGGGAGACAGACAGCACCCUCCUCAUCUGGCAGGUGCCAUUGACGCUAUAGCCCCCUCCCCAGAGGUACAGCUGCAGGCCUGCCUGAGUUGAGCCUCCAGGGCGCCGGUCCUCCAGGGACCUGCGCGGGGCUGGACCGAUCCACCUGGACCUACAGACUGUAUUCUCCAGUACCUACUUGGGCAGAAUGGAGGAAACCUCUUCUUAAAGAAAAAAAGGUUUAGAGUGUUUCGGAGAGGGGUCUUACGGUUUGGGGAGAGGGAGGACGCAUCUGGAGGAAAUUGCCUUCUUUUUAAAAGCAAAAAACACAAAACCUCACAACUGCCUGGUGAGCCCAGUACCACUCGUCCGGGCCCAAGCGGGGCUCCAAGGCGGCCACGCGCCCCUCCUGGAAGGAUGUGUGCGUGUGAGUAUAUGAGCGUGUGGGCUGGUGUGUGAAUAUAUAUAAAUACGUAUAUAUGGUGUAUAUUAUAUGUGUAUAAAUAAAGUCUGUACAUAUUGGAGCUCUGGGAGAGGCUGGAAUAAAGGGCGAGAGUCA